AUGGCCACCGUACCAGUAGGUACACAGUUGUACCAUGGAACAUCAAAGAAAGAGGAAGUAAAGGGCAUGGAGUGGCUGGCCUUUGAGCCAGAGCAUGCGCUUGUGUUUGCGAGACCGAGAGGUCCACCUCGAGGCAAGCGCCCAGGUCAGGGUGACGAGGACGACCAUGAGAAGGAACGGCAAGAACUACGAGGCCGGAGGGCAGCUGAGAAUGAGGACGACUGUGAAAUGAGGCCCGAUCCGUGGUCAAGACAGGGUCACGCCCAUAUGCCUGCACCGCCUGAAAUUCAAGGUCCUCUGCAUCAUCCACCGCCUGGACACCCCCACGGCCCAGACAACAACUCCCCUCCCACCGGGCCACCACGAGGACCGCCGCCGCAUCACGACUCGCACCCGCCACCUCCACCUCCUCCGCACCAUGGCGAGCAAUCCACCGCACCUCCGCCAGUACACGACGACGAACGUCAACGCCUACUGACAGAUGACGAGCCACCACAAAACCCUCCCAGCCGUGGAAAAGGUUACCUCCAUACCUACAUCCCAACGCGCCCCUUGCGCCUCCUCUAUGUCGAUGGCCUUUCAGCAGGCAAGACCUCAAACGGCACCCUAGACUCGCAGGACAUCCUACUCCUGAACAUGACCGCACCGCCCGGCUCCCCUAUGGGCGGUGAAAUCGCCCGCGCGCGUAGACUGUGUCAUCUUGCCUCCACGCUAUGGGAUAAGAAGAUCGACGGCGUCCUGCGCAUGGAAGCUGGGUUUGAGAUUAUCCUUUGCGAGUUUGAGGGCACGGUCAAGAGGAAGAGCGUCGUGGUGUAUGAUGGAGAGAGGGAUGAGAGUCCUGGAGGGCCUCCUGGAGGGAAAAGGGGAAGAGGUGUGAUGGGUGGGUGGAGGUAUAUCAAAGCUGUCAGCGAGCGGUUUCAUGGGAUUGGCGGGAACAGAGUGACGCUGGACUACGAGAGGUUCGUAAGCGUGUUUGCGUAUGAUGAUCAGGAAGAGGAGGGGAUGGGCCUGUGGGACAACGAUGUUGUGAGCGACACGCCGCAUCCAAGACUUAUUAAUGCAUUACCGGAGCAGUUAGAAAAGGUCCGGGACGCAGUCACUAGGAUGGUUCUUGAGAAGAGCUGGGAAGAAGAGGGAAGAGACUGGCAGGCCGUCGCAGACAUGGUGGUUAAGAGAUAUGGCGAGGCGAUACAUUAUCUGCAUACCGAUGCUUCCGUCCGUCGCAGCAAAGAGGCCUUCGCCACCUACCUAUCUGCGCUACUACGGCCCUUUGUAUCUCCCUCAGCGCGCAACGCUACCCUCGAAACUGAGCGUUGCGUCGCUCAGGUCAUUCCGCCAUUCCCGCUCCCUCCGCACAAAUCCGCAUCGCUCGCACACACGACGCUCCAUACCGUCACAGCCCACAUCUGCAGCACGCUCAUUAAUGCGCUCGACGCAUCAACACUGACACUCUCGCGCUCUCUUGCAGCCACAUCUAGCCCGCCUUAUCACGCGCUUGACCUCAUCGAUGGGCUGGUUAUCCGUUUACAGUGGACGAUGUGGAAGGAGUGCGGUUCGUGUGCCGACGAUGAAGUUUGCUUCAUUCCGAUCUGGCCAAUGGGCAGUUUAGAGAACCAUAAGAACCCGCAGUGUGUUAAGGAAGAUGGCGUAGGAAUGGGCUAUUGGGGUGGUCGAGGGGGACCGCCGCCGGGAGAGGGCCGCCCUGGAGAAGGUCGUCCGGUACAUGAUGAUCCUACGCAUGCACGCCCGGGACCUGAGGGACCGAAGCUGAGAAAGCAUCAAGGUACGGAAGGAUCGGGUCGCCCAUCUUCAGCUCAUGGUGGCCGAAAGCAUGACGAUUGGGAGCAUGACGGCUGGGAGAAAAAGGGCAGGCAUGGCGACAGACCAUGGCACGGUGGUCGAAAAAAAGUUGAACAUUGUACUCCGCGGAAGCAUGGUGUUCCUUUGAACCACGCUCCCGACCGCUUUCACGGCGGCUGGGACCGAGGAGCAUGGAGCCUGUUCAGAGGAAGUCUCAUGCAGGUGGUAGAGUGGUUCGGUUCAGAACCGCACAACGUUGAAGUGAAGGUGAACUUUGUAGAUACCCAUACUCGGUAG